UGAAAUAUCUAUUUUAUGUACUUUAUCUUCCUCACCUUGUGCGAAAAAUCUCAGAGCUCAGCUGCAAUGGAGGCGACUGCGAAUGAACCAGCUACGAAAAGCUCCAAAUCCUCUCCGAGAGUAACGAUACCGAACUUCUUCGUGUCGCUCUCCUCGGCAUUUACGCAAACACCUUCCGCGCGUACGAACAAGCCCAGUUCGCAACUUCUAGCACCAGCUUCAGACUCCGUCAAGUUGAUUCAAGACUUCCAUCGUUCUCUACUCUCCGCGACCGAGAAAUUCGCAGGUUUCUUCCAUUCGCUCGCCGCUAAGAACCCUCUGUUUCAGGAAGCGGUUCGCUUGUCCUCCGGGUUUCGCGGUGUUUGCGACGAUAUUCGUUUGAGGAACACUACAAGGGUUAGGUUUGCCAUGUCGGAUCACGGGUUUGCAGCUGUUCUGCCUGGAGAUUCAGUUGCAGGAACGGUGGUUGCUAACGGGUUGAUAAACUUCCUCAACAUCUACAACACCGUACUUGUUGUCCGUCUAGUACUCACCUGGUUCCCCACUGCUCCUCCUGCCAUUGUUAACCCCCUCAGCACUCUAUGUGAUCCAUACUUGAACAUAUUCCGGGGAGUCAUACCGCCUCUUGGAGGAUUAGAUUUAUCUCCCAUUUUGGCGUUCCUUGUUCUCAACGCCUUCACCAGCAGUGCUAUGGCGCUUCCUUGCGAGCUCCCACCAGCUGAAGGAGCGGCUUCUCCAUCAUCUUGUGAGACAAAGUGGAUGAGAAGGAGAAGGUUGAGUAGCAACCAGAACCAAACACCGAGCUCUGCUUAAACCUUAUUAAAAAAAAAAAACCCUCCUCUUUUCUACGCUUCAUCAUGUGACAUAUACUUUUCGAGUAAUUUCAUUCAUCUGCAUC